AUGGUCGACCGGAUCCCGUCCUCUGAACCGUCUGCACAUGCUGCCCAAGUUGCAGUAGAAGGAGGGCUCCUCGGAGUCAACAAAUUGACAUGGCAGUUGGAAACAGGCACAGGCGAUGGUUUCGACAAGAACAGUAUCCAGCCAAACUGCCCGGCAGAUGCACAAGGUCAGGCGGCUGGAAAGCAAGUCGAGGAGUCAGAGCAACUGUGUGGUGCAUUGGACAAGUUCUUCAACGACUUUCAUCGACACAUCUUUGAUCCAGUGCUACUGCGGUUGGAAGCCCUUGCAAUCCGGGAGGACCUUUCUCAAGUUCACAAAGAUUGA